CCGUGUUUUGUUUGCCGUAAAGCCCCAGAAAGAAGAGGGCGACUGCGUUGUUUGGGCGAGUUUUCUCUCUCGGCUGCUGUUUAAAUUGCUGUUUCUCUGACCACUAAACGGACUAAUUACACUCUUACGGAGCAUCAUGGACUCGCACAUAGUGUGCAGUAACAGACAAGGAGGUGCAGACUCAGUUCUUUGAGAGCUUUGGGAGGCGGCUGCAUUUGUUUACAGUGAAUCAGCUGAUAUCCCAGCCCGACAAAACUCAGACGAAUGUGCCUUUACAGUAAGUGAAGAAGCUCUGAUUGUUGUGGGAGAAGAUGCCAUGUACAUGUGGGAACUGGAGGAGGUGGAUCCGGCCUCUCGUGGUUCUCCUCUAUAUUUUGCUCCUUUUGGUGGUCCUCCCUCUGUGUAUAUGGGAGCUACAGAAAUCAGAGGUUGGCACCCACAACAAAGCAUGGUUCAUCGCUGGCAUUUUUGUCUUUAUGACAAUACCAAUAUCACUGUGGGGAAUUCUUCAGCAUCUGGUCCAUUACACCCAACCUGAAUUACAGAAGCCCAUUAUCAGAAUAUUGUGGAUGGUUCCUAUAUAUAGCUUGGAUAGUUGGAUAGCACUGAAAUACCCCAGCAUCGCUAUCUACGUAGACACUUGCAGGGAGUGCUAUGAGGCCUAUGUCAUCUACAACUUCAUGAUCUUUCUGUUGAACUACUUGGGGAAGCAGUAUCCCAGUCUAGUGCUGAUGCUGGAGGUUCAGGAGCAGCAGAAACACCUUCCACCACUCUGCUGCUGCCCACCCUGGCCAAUGGGAGAGGUGCUGUUGCUGAGAUGUAAGCUGGGUGUUCUGCAGUAUACUGUAGUGAGACCCGUCACCACAGUCAUUGCUUUAAUCUGUCAGCUUUGCGGGGUCUAUGAUGAAGGAAACUUCAGUUCCAAAAAUGCCUGGACCUACCUGGUGAUUGUGAACAAUCUCUCCCAGCUUUUUGCCAUGUACUGUCUGGUGCUGUUCUACAAGGCAUUGAGAGAAGAGCUGAGUCCUAUCAAGCCUGUGGGCAAAUUCCUCUGUGUCAAACUUGUUGUGUUCGUGUCAUUCUGGCAGGCUGUGGUCAUUGCCUUAUUGGUGAAGGUCAGAGUGAUUUCAGACUCUCAUACCUGGGACUGGGACAGCGUGGAGGCUGUGGCCACUGGACUGCAGGAUUUUAUAAUCUGUGUAGAGAUGUUCCUGGCAGCCAUUGCCCACCACUACAGCUUCACCUACAAGCCUUACAUCCAGGAAGCUGAGGAAGGCUCCUGCUUCGACUCUUUCCUGGCUAUGUGGGAUAUCUCAGACAUCCGGGCCGACAUCUCUGAGCAAGUCCGCAACGUUGGGAGAACAGUUAUGGGCCGGCCGAGGAAGAACUAUUUUGGUGAGGAAGCAGAGCAGGAUGAGCACACCGGCCUGCUUUCAGAUCCUGCCCUCGAGUCUUCGUCCACACCCCCAUCACCAACAGGACGCUACCAAGGCCUGGGCCGUACAGUCACACCCCACUCACGCUCCGCCCCUGCUGAACUGUGCUCCACACCAUGGGAUGGAGAUGUGGAUGACAUCACACCCAGUGUGCUGUCCGGUGAACCUAAUAAACAGCUGCAUACAGACUACGCUGCAAUCACUUAGCUAGGCUUUUACUUAAGCCACCAAAGCCAAUGCAGGUAACUCGCACGAGCCUGAAUGAGUGUUAUCUGCUGUUUCAGAUGUGUGAUUACUCUGUGCCCCAGCAGCUAAUAUUCACUGGUUACUUGCAGUAAAAAUAUUUAAGCUAGGGCAUAUUUGGGAUCUUUGUUGGCCACCAUUAAGGCUAGGUCAUCUGUUUUAUCAUGCCUUUUAAGUUUUUUGCUGACCAAAAUAAACAGGGCAGAAAACAAAGCACAUUGUAGUUGUAGUGCAGCAGUAUACAUUUUUCUCCAUAACCCCUGCCUGAUUCUACUAGACAGCUGUAUGAAUGUGAAUGGUCAACAAAUUGAGACUACAUAGCCAUUCCCUUCUGUUCAGAAAUUACUUUAAGUUGUUGUUUUUGUUUUGUUUUUAGUUAGUUAAUCACUCGAUGAUCUUAUGACAUUAUUGUUAUGGUCACAGUUUAUCUGUCGAUUGAGACUCUAGUGAUGAUUUCACGUGGCCCAAAUCGGUACUGACCGCUUGCAGAUUUUUGAGAGAACUGACUGUGACUCAGAAGGAACUGUGUGCAUUAUCAAUGUUAAGGAUGUGUUCAAUUUUUUGACUCAGAAAAUCAACAUUCAGUUUCACUAGGAGCACCCAAACGUUUGCAUAUGACGGUACUUACAUUUUAAAAGGAUAUUCCAGCAUUUUAGUUUGUUUUAUUCAUUCUAUUGUGAAUAGUAAUGUUUUAUUGAGGGCUAUGUUUCAGCCAGUAUAUGAUGUGUCAAUUUCCGUCUAAUAUAAGCUUUUAUUUUAUCUAAACACACAUUGAUGGACUACAAGAGACCAGAAAUAGCUUUUUUUAUGCAGAAAACAUGGGAUAUCACUUCGAUAUAAAGUGUGCCUGACUGACACUUCAUCAGUUUUUUGGUCCUGACUGGGUUAUGCUGUUUUAUGUAGGAGUUCAUUAAAAAUGUCUGUUUUUCUCUUCUGAA